UCCUUAUCAAUGAAGCCGGUCCAAGUUUGUGAUCAGCGAGUGCAGUCAAACCCACCCCUUCUCGUGCGUGCGUGCGUGCGUGCUGUCGUGGCCACUCGGAGUAGUAGCUGCCACUCCGCUCACGAGGGCGCAGCCACGCCAUUGAAUGCCCCCUCGAGGGUUUCAGCUGCAGUUCCCCUCCCUCCCUCCCUCCCUCCCCCCGCAGCCAUGUCCCACAUCGCCGUCGAAAGGAACAGGAGAAGGCAGAUGAACGAGCAUCUCAAGGUCCUGCGCACCCUCACCCCUUCCUUCUACAUCAAGAGGGGAGACCAAGCAUCCAUCAUCGGAGGAGCCAUAGAGUUCAUCAAGGAGCUGCAGCAGGUCCUGCACUCCCUGGAGGCCAAGAAGAAGCGUAAGAGCUUGAGCCCCAGCCCCACUCCGAGCCCACGGCCGCUACUCCAGCUGACACCGUCACCGACGUCCAGCAGCCCCGACACGGUCAAGGAGCUCGGCGCCUGCUGCAACUCCCCCGUCGCGGAUGUCGAGGCCAAGCUUUCCGGCUCCAACGUGCUUCUGAGGACGCUCUCCAAGCGCAUCCCGGGUCAGGUGGUCAAGAUCAUCACCGUCCUCGAGAGGCAGGCGUUCGAAAUCCUCCAUCUCAACAUCAGCAGCAUGGAAGACACCGUGCUCUACUCCUUCGUCAUCAAGAUUGGACUCGAAUGCCAACUGAGUGUGGAAGAGCUUGCGUUAGAGGUCCAAAGGAGCUUUUGCGAAGAGAUUGGGUACCCAAGAAGCUUAGGUGAAUAGUAGUGUAUGAGGUAGUGAUCAAUGAUAAGUAAUCAUAUAUCUUUCACAUAUAAAUGCUAAGCAAAUAGAAUUCCAUUA